AUGUCUAAUUCGCCGCAGGGCAGUUCGGCCCUCCGCGGCGCGUCCUUCCUCAUCAUCCUCCAGGUCUCAUCGCGUCUUCUCACCUUCUUCGCCAACCAAUUACUACUGCGUUUCCUGACGGCUCCUCUGCUGGGCCUUUCCGCGCGGCUAGAGGCAUACUACCUCACUGUUCUUUUUUUUGCGAGGGAGAGCCUACGGGUGGCUAUCCAGAGGCAACCUAUCUCAACCGACGAUGAGGAGUCUGAGAGGCAAGGCGAACUUGGUGGUGAUGAGAGCAAGCGCGUUAAGAAGACCAAGUCUACCGAGCCAGAUCGGAAUGGGGAGCAGGCGCAGGCGGUUGUGAACCUGGGCUACCUAGCCGUCGUCUUAGGCGCUGUGGUCACUGCUGUCCUGGGCUGGUUCAUGCAUCUAUCCUCCGGUCAGGGUAGCGAGGAGCGCUUUGACGAAGCCCUACGACUAUACGCUCUCGCUGCUAUUCUCGAACUCCUGUCCGAACCAUGCUUCGUGCUGAUGCAAGUGCGGCUUCGUUUCGGUACUCGUGCCCUUGCUGAAUCCGCCGGCGCAUUCCUACGAUGCGGCGCCACGCUUGGCUCUGCGAUAUACGCAAGUCGCAACGGACUGGAUCUAGGUGUUCUCCCAUUCGCCCUAGGACAGCUCGCCUACGGUGCGACUUUGCUAGUCGUCUACCUCGGGGCUGGGUAUGGUUUAGCCACACGCGAUCACUUUUCCAUAUUCCUGCGACGGAUUGGUGUAAAGACCGGGAGCAAGGACGAGAAGGCAAAGAGUGUUACCGGCGGUUAUCUCUUCUCAUACUUCUACCAGCCGACAUUAAGUCUGGCGUCGAGUAUGAUGGCACAGAGUGUCGUGAAGCAUUUCCUGACCCAGGGAGAUACCUUCCUGGUCUCGAUCCUUUCGACGCCUCACGCUCAAGGCAUCUAUGCCCUUGUAAACAACUAUGGCGGUCUGCUAGCUAGACUCUUAUUCCAGCCUAUUGAAGAGAGCAGCAGGUCCUACUUUAGCCGCCUUCUAUCGACAUCUUCGUCGAGCACAACCGCGGAACCAAGCAAGUCCGGCCAAAACGAGCCCGCAGCAACUAAACCCGCCGUGGAAAAGGCACGCAGCGAUCUCCACCGCCUUCUCAAAUUCUAUAUCCUCGGUUCUACAAUAGUCGUCGCCCUCGGACCCUUAGCCGCCCCUUAUCUUCUAUCCCUCGUAGCAGGCCGCUCCUGGUCCGCCAGCGCCUCCCCGGCCCUCGUCGCCUACUGCUAUUACAUCCCCCUCCUUGCCCUCAACGGCGUUUCGGAAGCCUUCGUCGCCUCCGUGGCCACGGAGGCACAGGUCCACACCCAAAGCGCCUACAUGGCCGGGUUCUCCGUCGUCUUCGGCCUCUCGGCGUUCACCGCCCUGCGCGUCCUUGACAUGGACCCGCCUGUGGGUUUGGUUUGCGCCAAUGCUGCGAAUAUGGUCUGCCGAAUUGUGUGGUGCGCUUUCUUCGUGGGGCGGUAUUUCCGAGAGAAAGGUGUCGGGUUUGAUCUGUCUAGCCUGAGCCCUAGCGGGAUGACCGUGGCCAUCUGCGCGGUCACCCCGUAUCUUGUCCGGAGGGCACUUCUUCUUGCAGAGGAUGUCGUGCGAGGAAGUGCUUUCAUGUCACUCGUUGUGAUUGGAGCGACAGCUAUCCCGAUAGUAGCUCUAUUAGCAUUCGCCGAGAGGAGAUUCCUCAUAGAAUGCUACUCUUCCCUCCGAGGCACAACAUCGGCCUCUGCUUCCAAAUCGAAAACGACAUGA